AUGAGACGGCUGACGUGCCACCAGGUUCUUGUUCCUGUGCGCGUUUGCCGUGAUGGAAUCGCGAUGGGAUGCGGAGGUCACAAGUAUCCCCCUGUCUUCGGGAAGACAGAGCUCCAACGCUACCUUCGCACCUGGCUGGGCAAGAGCGUCUUCCACGACACGGACCAGGACGCUGACUACCUCCCUGAGGCCUACAACAAGGGAGAUGACUGGUUCGAGGCCACGCUUGGCGAGCCUAUGGUCUACACCGGGGCGAUCUACACAGGUAAUGAGACGAUGUGGUCCGCGCAGCACAAGAAGCUUGAGUUCAUCGCGCACGCCCUGGGCGUGCAGCCGGGCGACAAGGCCCUGGAGAUCGGCUGUGGCUGGGGCCGCCUCUCGAACUACUUGGCCGGCAAGGGCGCCAAGGUCACAGGCGUGACCAUGUCGUCGGACCAGCAGGCCUACGCAAAGCGAAUGAGCGCUUCCUUGAAAAACAACGACAACGUGGAGAUCCUCCUCACGAACUUCUUCGACCUUCAGCUUCCGGACAAGUCCUUCAAGGUCAUCUCUUCCGUGGAGAUGGCCGAGCACGUGGGCAUCAGGAACUACAACAAGUUCCUCAAGAAGGUGCACAGCCUCUUGGCGGAUGAUGGCACCUUCUAUCUCCAGGUCGCCGGCUUGCCCCGAGGCUAUGCAACCGGUUACAAUCACUACGAGGACUUGGUGUGGGGGCUGUUCAUGGAUGAGCACGUCUUCCCUGGUGCCGACGCCUCCUGCCCCAUGGGCUGGGCGCGGGCGCUUGGAGGGAUCUCGGAGGCACACUAUGGAAAAGAAGACCUGAUCUGA